AUGUAUUCCCAAUGGCGUAUACCCUGCUUGAGGGCAUUGCCCUUUAGAAGAUUUACAUCUCAAGCUGACCAAGAUAUACAAAUAGCCAGGGAUUGGCUCAAGGUCUUCAAUUCCAAGACCAUCCCCCGGAACAUCUGCGAGAUCUCUUUCAGUCGAUCUAGCGGUCCGGGCGGGCAAAAUGUGAAUAAGGUCAAUUCCAAAGCCACCUUGAAAGUCCCAUUGGACGCGUUGCUGCCCUUAUUGCCCCGUCUGAUGCACCAUCCCCUACGCGCUUCCCGAUAUGCCGCCGAAAGAACCCAAUGUCUAGUCAUCCAGUCCGACGAGGAGCGGAAACAGUCUAACAAUGUGGAAUCCUGCUUUGACAAGCUCUACCAGCUAUUACAGAGCUCGGCCAAGGAGGUGAUUCCCGGGGAAACAUCCCAAGCGCAAAGAAAUCGCGUACAAAAAUUGUAUGUUUACUCUUUCCGUGGAAGCAAUCGAGAAAAUCUAACGGGGGAAAAAUGUAGACAAAAAGCUCAAAAUGAGGGUCGGAUUAAAGACAAGAAAAAGCACAGCGACAAGAAAAGUAGUCGCCGGGGAAACAAAUACGAUGAUUGA